AUGAUUUUUUCUACGAUGAUUUUUCGAAUCAUUUGCUUCUUUGCGCUUGCACUUGGAGUUUUUGCUCAGUCAAAUGAGUUAGAAAGACUGUCCCUCAAGCCACCCUACAUUAAUCACGGAAUGAGAAGUCUGUGGUGGGAAUAUGGUGGAAGCACUAUUGUCGAUAAAAAGAACGGUAUUUUUUUGACCCAAGACUUGCAACAUCAAAGUGGAUGGCUUUCGACCCGAUUACCUACCCCUACCUCCAGCUUUGAGGUAUUGUUUCAAUUCCGCAUCUCGAGUGAGUCCAGGAACCUCUUUGGCGAUGGCAUGGGAUUAUUUUUGACCGAAGAACGUGCCAAGUCAGGCCCUGUUUUUGGGUUUACUGAUAAGUUCAAUGGUUACGGCAUUUUCUUUGAUACCUACAACAAUAAUCGACCGGGAACAAUUUUCCCUCGUGUUGUUGUCAUGAAGGGAGAUGGAAAGACCUCUUAUGAUGCUGAUCAAGAUGGAAAGGCCAACGAAAUCGGUGGAUGCAGUGCUUUACACUUGCAUAGCAGUGAUUACACCUUGGGCAAAUUGAAGUUUGACAAGAAGAAUAAGGUUCUUCGUUUGGAAUUAGCAUAUGACGCUAGCUCCGAUUUUAUCAAGUGCUUUGAAUUGAAUGAAGUUGAUAUGCCCGCAACUGCUUUCCUUACGUUUUCUGCUAUUACCGGUGAAUUAAGCGAAAACCAUGAAAUUCAUAGCAUUAGUAGCAGAACUAUCAUUGACAUCAAUGACGAGUUCACUCCGGAAAUUCCUCAAGAAGAUUUGAAGGGACCUACUACUAAGCAUAGUCCUUGGAAGCGCCGCUUCAUCUUCGUCCUUGUUACCUUGAUUGUCGUCUUUUCCGUCUUUUCCUUACGUUCAUACCAACAAAAACAGGAAAGAAUCCGUCGUUCUCCUGUUCUUUAA